GCCGUUAACAUUUGUCGGCGCAGGUCUCUACUAACAACGUCAAAAAAAAUUGAUGAUUAUUUUUUUGGAGGAUUUUCUUUUAAACAUAAAAAAAACAUUUUUUCUUAGAAAUUUCAAUUGGAAUUAAACCAAAAACAGCAAAAAAAAAUAAUGUGCUAAAAAUUCACAAAAACCAAGUUAAAAAAGUAGUGUGUAAUUCAACAGGAAAAGCUCUCCUUAAGCCAUAAAAUUGUUAAAAUAUUUUCUUUAGCAGCAGUCGUAGCAAAUAAAAAAAAAAGGAAAAAAGCCACAAAAGAGCAGUAGCAAGACACAAAAAGCAGCAGAAUAUGAGUUCGUCAACGACCACCAGCCGCAAAGAAACGGAAAGGACCAAACUUAUACAGGAAAAAUGUCAAACAUUAUUAACACAAAUGCUAAGAGAUGAGGACAACAAAUACUGUGUAGAUUGUGAUGCCAAGGGACCACGUUGGGCUUCAUGGAAUUUAGGUGUUUUCCUCUGCAUACGCUGUGCUGGUAUUCAUCGUAAUCUCGGCGUACACAUAUCACGUGUAAAAUCGGUCAAUUUGGACACAUGGACCCCCGAACAGGUCAUAUCCCUACAACAGAUGGGUAACUCCCGUGCUCGGGCCGUUUAUGAGGCUCAAUUACCCGAUGGUUUUCGACGUCCACAAACCGAUACCGCUUUAGAAUCUUUCAUACGUGCCAAAUAUGAGCAUAAGAAAUACUUGGCUCGUGAAUGGGUGCCACCAUCACCACCCAAAGUCGAUUGGGCCAAGGAAAUCGAUGAGGAAUUGGAGAGACAAAAACGUAAAAAGAAGGCGGCUCAGGCAAAUACAGCCUUGGGUAUUGGCGUCAUAACGGGCAGUGCUGCAAAUGAUAAGAAAUCCUCGAGUUCAGCGGCGGCUAAGUCAUCACCUUUGCCGGCUCCUUUGCCCAAACCUAAACCCGGUCAGAGUGGUAGUAGUCCUAAGAUACAACGUAUUUCUACUAGUUCUACGGGCGCUGAUAGCAAUCACAGCAAUGAUCUAUUGGGUUUAGCCUCACCCACGAAACCGGUGCAGACUUCACUGGCUGGACAGCAACAGCAGCAUUCGUCAAAUAUAAGUGACUUACAAAAUGAUACUUUCAGCUGUUUCUUGAGUGCUACACCGGCUGUGAAUGAUAGUCAACAGCAACAACAACAAUUGACCAAUAAUGCAAACGCCUCGCAGAAUUCAUUGGCCAAAGAGGAAGAAGACUUUUUCAAUCAGGGUUCAUUGGUUGGUACAGGCGGUGACAAAGACAAAUCAGGGAAAUUAACUAAGGACAGUAUACUGGCAUUAUAUGGACAGGCUCCGCCCAAUCCUACGCCGGCCAUGAAUUUCCUACAACAACAACAGCAGGUUAAUCCACAGUCGGCUAUGUUUGGUGGUGCCACUGGUGCCUUUACCGGCAUGGUGCCCGGAGGUUUUAUGGGUGCUGGUGGUCCGGCCGCCAAUCAGCAGCAACAGCAGUUUAUGACACCACCCAACUCAGCUAGUAUGUAUAAUGCACCCGUUAUGACUGCCCCGGCUGCCUUUACUGCUCCCGGCAUGUCGGCUUUACAUAUGGGUGCAGCUGGUAAUAAUGCCGCUAAUGCGGGCUUUGCUGCCCAAUUUCCUAUGCAGACAGGUUUUCCACAAACCCAAACCAUGGGUGGCAUUAUGGCCACUGGACAACCUGCUGCCGCUAAUCUCAUGCAUACGCAUAAUCAACAAAGUCUUAUGUCAAGUUUAGCCGUCAAUCAUGCACCGCUAAUGUUUCCCGGUAUGGCGCCCACCAUGCAAAGUCAAACGAACUUUAAUCAUCAUCAAGGUUUAAUAGGUGGCUUUCCCACAGCCGCCGCCAUGGGCAGUAAUAGUACUGCGGCUAAUACUGCUGCUACCAAUAGUUUGCAGCAACAGUUUGGUAAUCUUAAUAUCGGCAAUGUAUGGCAAUAAAUUUUGUAGUUGUUUAAACAAAUUCUAAUUAUUAUUAUUAUUACAAUAACAACUUUCCACAUACUUAAACAAAACAAAAAAAAAACUUGCCGUUUAAACGAAAACUCUGACUAUCUUUGAAAGAACUUUAAAACAAACCCUUUAGAUUUCCAUCAAAACCUUAAACCGGGAAUACAUUAUUUGAAUGUUUUGUUUUUCUUACAUUCUUUGUCUUGAUAGUAUUAUUUAAAGAAAAUAAUUUGGAAUAAUUUCCUUUUAAAAGUUUUUUAGUAAAGUUUUCAACUCUAGACCCUCCUACAUCCCCCCACCACUCUAUUCCCUUACUCUUUAUAUUUCAGUAAUUGUUUAUAAUUCCCUUUUUUAAUAUAAAGGCUUAUUCUUAUUAUUACCUCUCCCCUUUCCCUUCGUAAACUUUUUUUUUAAACAAAACUUAAGAAACUUAAUACAUAAUCUUGUAAAGGUUUAAAUUAAUUAAAUUAAAAAUAAACUUAAUACAAAAUUAAGUAAAUUUUUAGCUUAUACAAUUAAAAAGAAAAUAUAAGGAAAAGAGCGUUCUUCUAACUAGUAGCACUCUUCAAACAAAA